UUAAUACUUAUUUAGAGAUUUUAGUUACCUAAAUGACCCGAUUUUAUAAAUUUUUAACUCCACAUAACAUCAACGUGAGAGGUUUUGAAAAUUCUCAGUUUCCGGAAAGACAGCCUAGGAGAUGACAACGAAUACAAGGAGGAAAGUCACAAGAACAGCGAAUAUACUGAAUAAUAAUCCCCAAUUCUUAAUUUAAAUAAUCUCAUUUCACUAUUCUAAUACCAUUUCCAGUAACCCCACGUUUCUCCCCAGAUCCCUUUUCCCUUCCUUUCUGAAAUUCAAGUUUCUUUUACUGAAUUCUGCUGGUAUAUCUUAUUCUCGAGAUAUUUUUUUUAUUUUUCCCAUUUUCUCGAGAAAGAUUACGAUGAAAGCAAUUUUGUUAAGAUUAUGGAUUAUCUCCUUAAUAAUGUUUUUGUCAUGUAAUUAUUGGGUCAUCGGAGCUUCCAAAUCUCAAUCAACUGAGGAAGCUUACGUUACUCUUCUGUACGGAGAUGAGUUCUUGUUGGGUGUUAGAGUGCUUGGAAAGUCAAUAAGGGAAAGUGGGUCCACUAAAGAUAUGGUUGUUUUGGUCUCUGAUGGGGUUUCUCAAUACGCUAACGACCUCCUUCGAGCUGAUGGCUGGAUUGUGGAAAAGAUUAGUUUAUUGUCAAACCCGAAUCAAGUGAGGCCGACGAGGUUUUGGGGCGUCUACACAAAGCUAAAAGUAUUUAAUAUGACCAAGUACAAGAAAGUGGUAUAUCUUGAUGCUGAUACUAUUGUAGUAAAGAGCAUUGAAGAUCUAUUUAAGUGUGGGAAGUUUUGUGCAAAUUUAAAACAUUCUGAGAGACUAAAUUCUGGAGUAAUGGUGAUUGAGCCAUCAGAAGAGGUUUUUAAGGAUAUGAUGAGCAAGGUGACCACUCUGCCUUCUUACACUGGAGGUGAUCAAGGUUUUCUGAACUCCUACUACGUUGGGUUUGCUAAUGCGCGUGUUUAUGAGCCAAAUCAGCCUUCAGAUGUCCUAAAUUCUAGAAAGGUCCCUGAAAUGGAGAGACUUUCUACUCUUUACAAUGCAGAUGUUGGCCUUUACAUGCUUGCUAACAAGUGGAUGGUAGAUGAGAAAGAACUCCGAGUUAUUCAUUACACGUUGGGACCACUUAAACCAUGGGAUUGGUGGACAUCUUGGCUGUUAAAACCUGUUGACGUAUGGCAGAAUGUUAGGGUACGUCUUCAAGAAUCACUACCUGGAACUGGAGGGGGCAAAAAUCCUAGAGAUGAACUUCUUGUCAAAUUUUUGUUUCUGUUUCCGUUACUUCUGAUAGUAUUUUGCUACUAUCGAUCUUUUCUAAAGACCCGAUCAUUGUGGGACCAUGUUAGACAGCUAUACUACAAGGUCAGAGCUAGAGGCGUCCUACCAUAUUCUUCCGUUCCUUCAUCCACCAUUGUUUCCCCUCAGCAGCCGAAGGUGCCUGCUUUUCUGGGUGGAAUAUCUGUAUGUGUCUGUUUUGCUGCUGUUCUGGUGUCCCUUGGGCUUUCACUUGUAAUUAUCCCACGCCAAGUAAUGCCAUGGACUGGUCUCCUCCUAAUGUAUGAGUGGACAUUUACACUUUUCUUCCUCUUGUUUGGAAGUUAUUUGCACUUAAUUUAUCAAUGGGGUAAGGCUGUCGCGAAUCGUGCUGGACAAUUUCAGGCUCAUCCUGCAUCUUUGGACCAUGAGUCUGGAAAAGGUCAUCAGCCGCAGCAAUCAUGUUGUGACAUUGCUGCGUGCUACUAUGGGUUAGGGAUGGCAUCUCUUGCAAUUUUAGCCCCUGCAUUGCCUAGUAUUUUUGGAAUCACUGCUUUGUUUUUGAGAUUAGGAUUGAUGGUCGUAGGAGGCCUUGUUUUAGCAUCCUUCAUGACAUAUGCUUCGGAGCAUCUAUCGAUUAGAUCGUAUAUGAGGGGCUUUGAAGAAGGGGGCACACAAAGGAAUAGGAGUAUAUGUUUCUUGUGCUGAUUCUGGCAUAUUCAGGUCUGAGCCAACUACACGCAAGCUCUUUCUUGCAUUUGUAUUUCAUUUUGACAUAUUCUUUCUGAUAACUUAACGGGUAGAAUACACAGGUCUUUUUCGGUCUCACAUUUGCUUAUCUUAGAAAGGUUGUGGUGUAAUUCUUUGUAAAGGGUCUGCCUGUAUAUGAAUCUUAUAAUCUAACAAAUGUCAGAGUAUCUGAUGUUAGGUUUUAAUAUCCAAGUAAUUUGAAAGAGUGUGUAAGUUCAGCUUAAA